GGGGAGAGGGUGCUUUUGUGCACGGAGGAGCUCAUCGGAGCCCCCACUGAGCGAAAGUACCUAUGGUAUUAUAAAAAGAUCUGCGAACAUCGGAAAAGCAUCAGUUUCAGUUUGGGAGUCAUAACCCGACUAGUCAUGAAGUUAUUGAUUCCCGUGGCGCUGUGCGCGCUCCUCGUUUUGGCCAGCGCAGACGAAAAGGAAUCAAAGGUAACAGACACCAAAACCGCAGAGGCCGAUGACUCAAAGAAACAACCAGAAAAACGUGGUCUUGAGCUCGGUUAUGGCGGUGGUGGUCAUGACUUCGGAGGACAUGAUUUCGGUGGACAUGAUUUCGGAGGACAUGAUUUUGGCGGUCAAGACUACGGCGGUGGACAUGAACACCAUCAGAAAGUUGUUACCAUCGUGAAGAAUGUACCUGCACCCUAUCCAGUUGAGAAACAAGUCCAUGUUCCAGUCGAGAAGAAGGUACAUUAUCCAGUCAAGGUUCAUGUGCCCCAACCCUACCCAGUCGAAAAGGAAAUACAUGUUCCAUACAAGGUGCCAGUUCAUGUUUCCGUCCCAAUUCACAAACCUUAUCCAGUUGAAAAGCAAGUACAUGUACCCGUCAAAGUUCACGUUGACAAACCAUACCCAGUAAAAGUACUCGUACCCCAACCCUACCCUGUUGAAAAAACUGUUCACGUACCCUACAAAGUCCAUGUACCAGCUCCAUACCCUGUAGAAAAGAAAGUUUACUACCCAGUCAAAGUACCAGUACAUGUUGCCAAACCAUACCCAGUCGAAAAGAUCGUUCCAUACCCAGUGAAAGUACAUGUUGACAAGCCUUAUCCAGUUCAUAUCCCUAAACCUGUUCCAUACCACGUAGAAAAGAAAAUUCCAUACCCAGUUCAUAAGCCUGUACCUUAUCCAGUCAAGGUUGCUGUAGAAAGGCCAGUUCCAUAUACUGUUGAGAAGCCCCAUCCUUAUCCAGUAAAAGUGCCUGUACCUGCACCAUACCCAGUAGAGAAGAACGUCCAUGUACCAGUAGAGAAACCAGUUCCCUACCCAGUCAAAAUCCCAAUUUUCAACCCUGUUCCAGUGACAGUUUACAAGAAGGUACCUUAUGUAGUUGAGAAACCAGUUCCAGUACCAGUCAAAGAAGAAUACGGUUCUUAUGGCGGUGGACACGCUGAAUACAGCAGUGGACAAGAAGAGUACGGUAGCCACGGCAAUGGUGGUGACUACAGCGGUGGUGACUACAGCGGUGGUGAAGAGCAACACCAUGAUUACCAUUAAAGACUACGCUAACUUAUUGUUUGAUCGUACCUUACCCUUUGUCAGUAUUAUAUUAUUUUUGUCUGUUUUCUCAAUGUGAUCUUUGUUAUAUGUACUAUGUAAAUAAAACACUAUUUUUAUAGCGA